GCCCUGGGGAUGCUGCCAAGAAGCUUGUUUGCCGCAGAACUCAAGCCAGAAAUCCAUCCUUGUUCCUUCUGUUCUCUUGCCUUCUCCAAUCAGAGCUUCCUCAGUCAUCAUAUGAAACGAAGUCAUCCCUCUUGGUUCCUCCUGGGAACAUCUGCAAGAAAGCACCUUCAAUCAGAGAAUUCCUGUCCACAUGAUCAGAACCAAUGUUCUGAUCCAUAUAAUGACAAACCAAAGAAUAACAUACUUGAAAGUCAAAAGCACAAAGAAAGCUCCAUACAUUUGACUAGUAGGAUGAAGCUUAGAAGAAUUUCAACAGUGUUUUCUAGACUCUUUAGCAGCCAAAUAGGUAGCGAUAGUAAACAGAUGACAAUGGAGGAAGACAUUAACACAUGCCUUAAAGAAAAUCCAAAGGACACAGGUGGGGUAGUUCCAGGGAUAGACUUGCCAAUAAUUUUAAGAGACAAGUAUAUAAGGCCUGAACAAGGCUUCAACGAUGAAUCAAAUAUUAUUACAUAUCAAAUGACUCAUACUGGGGAGAAGCUCCAUGUUUGCAAGGAGUGUGGCCGUGGCUACAGUCAGAGAUCAAAUCUCAUCAGACACCAGAGAACACACACAGGAGAGAAGCCCUAUAUUUGUGGGGAGUGUGGACAUGGCUUCAGUCUAAGGACAUAUCUCAUCACACACCAGAGAACACACUCAGGGGAGAAGCCCCAUGUUUGUAGGGAGUGUGGCCGUGGCUUCAGUGUGAGGUCACAUCUCAUCAGACACCAGAGAACACACACAGGGGAGAGGCCCUAUGUCUGCAAGGAGUGUGGACAUGGCUUCAGUAGGAGAUCACAUCUCAUCAGACACCAGAGAACACACACAGGAGAGAAGCCCUAUGUUUGUGGGGAGUGUGGGCGUGCAUUCAGUGUGAGGUCAGCUCUCAUCACACACCAGAGAACACACACCGGAGAGAAGCCCUAUAUUUGUGGGGAGUGUGGGCGUGCAUUCAGUGAGAGGUCAGCUCUCAUCACACACCAGAGAACACACACCGGAGAGAAGCCCUAUGCUUGCAAGGAGUGUGGGCGUACCUUCAGUCAGAGGUCAGAUCUCAUCAGACACCAGAGAACACACACAGGGGAGAGGCCCUAUGUCUGCAAGGAGUGUGGACGUGGCUUCAGUAGGAGGUCACAUCUCAUCACACACCAGAGAACACACACAGGAGAGAGGCCCUAUGUUUGCGAGGAGUGUGGGCGUGGCUUCAGUCUGAUGUCACAUCUCAUCACACACCAGAGAACACACACCGGAGAGAAGCCCUAUGCUUGCAAGGAGUGUGGGCGUACCUUCAGUCAGAGGUCAGCUCUCAUCACACACCAGCAUGAGUGCAAGUCUCAUCAGACACCAGAGGACACACAGGAGAAAAGCCCCAUAUUUGCAGGGAAUGGGCAAGGCUUCAUUCAGAUGACAAUAUGUCGCCCUCACAAAUGGGAUCGGUACAGAAGGAGUGGCAGCAAGAAGGUGGAGCAUAUGCCCCACGUGGCACAGAUGAUGGGAAAUGCCAAGGUAGUAGCUGGUGUGGGCUGUGGUGGAGGUACGGCAGGGCAUUUCCCCACUCCCCCUCCAUUUUAUACUUCAGAUUGUGUCCAGAAGGUCCUGGGAAGAGACACCAUCGACAAAUACACAGUAGGAUCAGGUCAGGAAUUUCAGACUGAACCUUCUAUUGAAGCAAAACCUUCACUGCCAAGUCAGGUUAUGGUUCUAAUAAAGGAGACCAUUGAAGUAAGGAUUGGGAAGUUUAAGGAGUCUCACUUGAUUCUUUAA